AUGGAAAUUGAAACCUCAUCGUCUGGUUUUGGUUCCAGUUUCCGUGCUUCCUUAUUACCUGUUCAUUUCUACUCAUUAUUCAAUGUUGCAUUUCCAUUUCCGAGGAAUAUUGCUCAUUCUGGAAGUCUCCACAGGUGUCCCAAAACUUCUUCUGUCCUUACGGUUUUUGUUUGGAAAAACAGUGCCCCUCUCACUCUCUCAAAAGAUCUUUUUUUUCUGGUAAAGCUAUUUGAGAGCUCAGCAUUGAUGCACAUAUCUGCAGUUAAAUCACUUCUAUCUGCACUGAGCCAACUAUCACACCAAUAUAUGUGUGAGGCAUCUGUUGGUUUUGGACCAGUAGUGAAUCAAAAGAUUGGAAGCAUUAAUCUUUUAGUGGAGAGGAUGAUAUCCAUCCUUGUCAACAAUCUUCAUAGAGUGGAGCCACUGUGGGAUCAUGUUGUGGGUCAUUUUUUAGAGCUUGCCAAUAAUUCUAAUCAGAAUUUGCGAAAUAUGGCACUUGAUGCAUUAGAUCAUUUAAUAUGUGCUGUUUUAGGUUCUGAACUAUUCCAGGACCAUGUACCAUCCAGACUCCAUGGGACAUCUCAUGAUAUGGAAAUUAGGCAUGCUCAUUUAAGAUUGCUUGAAUGCUCUGUUCUAUCUCCACUUAGAGCUCUGUAUUUUUUCACUCAAAGCUCUGAUGUCCGUUCUGGCUCCUUGAAAAAUCUUCUUCAUCUUCUAGAGAGGCAUGGAGACAAAUUGUAUAACAGUUGGCCUAAUAUUCUUGAAAUGUUAAGGUCUGUUGCAGAUGCGCCCGAGAAAGAUCUUGUCACUUUGGGGUUCCAGAGCCUACAUGUUAUUAUGAUUGAUGGACUUGCUUCCGUACCUACAGAGUGUCUCCCUGUAUACCUCCAAGACAUAUUUGUUAUUCAUAUGAUGGCAAUCCUGACUUUAUCAGAGGCUAAACUCAUGGACGAUUCCCAGGAUCAGUCACAAGAGUUGUCUUCAGAUUGUUAGAGGGAUGCAGUUUAUUUACUGCUUAAAGCAGUAGGAUACCUAGAAACAUGUACAUAGAUUGUGUUCAAGAUGUAUUGGUUUGAUUCCACUAGAUAUUAAGCUAAAUUUUCCAAAAGAUUGGCAAGAUGGUGUACUGGAGGCUACAUCCAUUCAAGCAUCAGGCCAGGUACUUCUUCUCACCCAUGUUGCAUAUAAACUUAUAUGUUUCAGUGUUUGUUUCUGUUUUUCAGCUUGUCAUCACUCUCCAAUAGUUUGUGUUUUACAUGUAUAAAGUGUACGGCUUGAUGUUAUGGUAAGCUUACGUUGUAUUGCUACUCUAUUUUUUAGUGUUUCUCUCUG